GCUAUAAGCCCUUCACUUAUAUCCUUUAUCUUUUUGAGCGUUACUUAUUCAUACAAUCAUGGCCAAGUUUCCUGUGAACCCCUUUCUCCUGCUCAGGCGAUCAUAUAAGGUUGCAAGAUCAGUGCAAAAGCCAGCGACGACAAUGAGGAGGACUGCGACAACUGAAUCGGGCAGUAGUGUUAAUGAUAAUGUAGCAAAUAAUCAUGAUAGUCCGCAGAUGAAUCAAGUGUUUUGGAUGAGAGACCCGAAGACAGGGAACUGGAUUCCAGAGAGCCACUUUGAGGAGCUUGAUGUUGCAGAGCUGAGGGAGAAGCUCCUCCCCAACCUCAACAAGCAGCACAAACUUUAAAUUAACCGUAUGGUGUAGGGUUUUUCUAUAUUAAGAAUGUCCUCAUUGAAAAAAAAUAAAUAAAUAAAAGUGGACACUUAUUUUUAGGGUUACCAAACAAUGGUAUUUCAACUAUCGGCACCUUUUAUAAUUUAGGUCAUCCUUCGAGGGCUGUCCCCCAUGUUGUUUCUGAAACGAAAUUAUGUUUCUCUCUCUUUCCGCUUGCCUUUCAAGAGCAGCAAGCAAUACAACAAUCCAACAAAAUAGGUAAUGUACGUAUCAUGUUUGAUCUCUCUUUG